GAAUCUUUGGAGAACGAUUCAUCAUUAGUAAACAGGCCGUGUUGAUGGUAGUUUGAACAGUACUUUCGGUGGCGUUUUUAAUCCUCGUUCAGCCAUGGGGAAGUCUUUUGCUAAUUUUAUGUGCAAGAAGGAUUUCCACCCAGCGUCAAAAUCCAACAUAAAGAAGGUAUGGAUGGCAGAGCAGAAAAUAACCUUCGACAAGAAGAAGCAGGAGGAGCUGAUGCAGGCUUACCUGAAAGAACAGGAGACCUACAACAACAGACUGCUGAUGGGUGAUGACAGAGUGAAAAAUGGCCUGAAUUUUAUGUAUGAAGCCCCUCCUGGUGCAUCCAAAGAGGAAACCAAAGAGGAAGGUGAAGCUGAGUAUAAGUUUGAGUGGCAGAAAGUUGCUCCUCGUGAAAAGUAUGCUAAAGAUGACAUGAACAUCAGAGAUCAGCCUUUUGGGAUCCAGGUGCGGAAUGUUCGGUGUAUCAAGUGUCAUAAGUGGGGUCAUGUGAACACGGACAGGGAGUGUCCUCUCUUUGGCCUGUCAGGGAUCAACGCCAGCUCUGGCUCUUUAGCAAAUGAUGAAGCAGGCCCGUCGAUGCACCCCUCCGAGUUAAUGGCAGAGAUGCGGAACAGUGGGUUUGCGCUGAAGAAAUGUGUCCUUGGGAGGAACGCCACUGUUUGUGAUCCAGCACAGGGGUUUGUGGCUAGUGAGGAAGAAGAAGAUCCUGAAGUAGAGUUUCUUAAAUCUUUAACUACAAAGCAGAAACAGAAGCUCCUCAGAAAACUUGAUCGGCUGGAAAAGAAAAAGGACAAAAAGAAGAAGAGUAAAAAGGACAAAAAGAAGAAGAAACGUAAACAGAAGAAAAAGAUGUCUGAGAGUUCCUCCAGCAGCACCUCAGAUAGUAGUAGCAGCUCUGAGUCUGAACCUGAAAGACACAAAGCUAAAAAAGAGAAGGGAAAAAAGAAAAGGAGGGACUCAUCGAGUGAGGACAGUUCCGACAGUGAGCGCGAAGGAAGACAGAGAGGAAAAAACAAGGAGCCUUGCAAUAGAGACCGCAUUCAAGGUCCUGAUUUUAAGCGUAGCCAAGACAAGUAUGCAUGCACACAGUCAGACGAACAGAAUAGACGACAAGAAAAAUCUAGGAGGUCACCACAAAGAAAAGACAGCCUGCUGAAUGAGAGCAAAGAGACAGAAUGGAGGAAUAGAGACCGGGAAGGAAGAAGAGGUGAAAGAGAGAAGGGUGAACAGGGAACCAGCGGAACUAGAGAUGGUGAGAGAAAUAGGAGUUUGAGUAGAGAAAGAGGAAGAAAAUGGACAGAGAAGAGUUGGGACAAUGAAAGGAUAAGGGAGAAGGAAAGGAGUGCCAAACAAAGAAGUGGGAGUAAUGAGCGAGGUAGGAAUGAAAAGAGAAGGAGUCAAAGCCGGGAUGGACAACAAGAGAAGGAGGCGAGGAGGAAAGAGAGGAGUGAUAGCUUUGAACGAAGUAGAUGUGGAAAACGAAGAAGUAGGAGCAGGGAGAGAGUGCGGAGCAGGAGCAGGGAAAGAAUAAGAGUGAGGGUUGGAAGUAGGGAAGGAGUCAUGAUCAGGAAUAAAGAAACAGUGAGGGAUGGGAGGGAAAGGAACAGAAGUCCAAGUCGUGGGCAUAGGAAAUGAUAAAAGGAAGAUGAGACCCUGAAAUGAUGUUUUCCUAUUGGUGUAAAAUAUGAUUUGUGUUUUAAUGUAAAAUUGUAUUGGGUAUACAGUGACGUGUAAUGGUUUUACUAGUUUAAAGUUUUGCACCAAUCUUUAGUUUUCAUAGUUUGUGUUUGCUGUAGUAAAAGUAGCUUGCCUGUCUGAUGGAGCCUGUUUUCUCAUUUUUUGUUCUUAACGCUUUUUAUUACCAGAAGAGGGCGCCAAAAUACUUUCGGACAAACGCCGAUAACUCUCGAAUUCUCAUACAUUCUUGUAAUGUGUUUUAGCUUCUUCACAAUGUUUUGCUUUUCUCAUCUGACCAUGAAACAAAAUCCAACUGACGAUACGAAUUGUGUUGCAGUAACACUGAGACGUAUUCGCCCUCAGACUAGGCAGUUCUUUUACAAGGAAGCAUGGGAAAUUCCUACACCUAUCAUUCAUUGACAUUAUCCUUUGAAAUCAUUGAUUUAACCCCAGGAGUUUCAUAGAGAGCCGAUUUACUUAUAUAGUAGCUCUUUCAGCGUAUUGGAUAUUAUCCAUUAGUUAUAAUAAGUCUGUGAAAUAUUUCCAGCAAAUUGCGUGAAUGACCAUAAUAUUCACAGGUAGCCUAGUCCAUGCUUGCUUUGACAUACUGCUAUAAUUCACAUGUUUUGUGUUAAAUUGAUUGGUUUCCAUUUUAUGUUCAUUGACUAACCACGAUAUUAUU